AAAAGAUCUUGGACUUGUUAAAAUUUUCUUUUUUAACAGUGAUUAGACCAAAGAUUUUUUUAAGUCCAAGGAUUCUGGAUGUUGCUGACUACAAUGACUACAAAGUCUUUCCUAGAAAAUGCUACAUCUGACAGUGCAUACUUAUACAAAGACUUUGACGAGGAAUAUGUGAUACUUUGCGACACAUCUGCCAUCACAAAAUUUGGGGCAUCUUUUGUACCAGUUUUCUACUACUUUGUGUUUCUGUUUAGUCUUGCUGGAAAUGGACUGAUAUUUUUCAUCUUACUUAAAUAUGAGAAACUAAAAAGUGCUACAAACAUUCUCAUUCUGAACCUUGUCAUUUCUGACUUACUGUUUGCAAUUACACUGCCCUUCUGGGCAGUGUAUCAUUCUUCUGAGUGGAUCUUUGGAAACGACAUGUGUAAGAUAGUAAGCAGUCUGUAUCAGGUUGGAUUUUACAGUAGCAUUUUAUUUUUGACCAUGAUGACCAUUGACAGGUACUUGGCAAUAGUCCAUGCAAUGUUAGCAGUGCAUGCAAAACGACUCAUUUAUGCUGCUUGGGGAAGUGUUUUGGUGUGGGUUGUCAGCAUAUUAUCCUCUGUUCCCAAAUUCACACUCUUUGGUACAAGAGAUGAUGACAAAUUAGGCAUUUUAUGCGAAGAAACAGGUUACACAGACAGAACACUGUACAUAUGGAAAGUGUUUGGCAAUUUUCAGCAAACCUUGCUCUUUUUUGUAUGUCCUCUGGCCAUAACAGUAUACUGUUAUUUAAGGAUAUCAAUAAUAAUAAUUAAAACUAAAAUGCUAGAGAAAUAUAAAACCAUUAAACUCAUUUUCAUUAUUGUACUAACAUUUUUUAUUUGCUGGGCUCCAUAUAAUAUAUUGGUUUUCCUAAUGACUUUACAGACUUUUCAGAAACGUUCAGAUAAUAGUUGUGAUAACACACUGGACUAUGCAUUCUAUGUUUGUCAUUAUAUUGCUUAUUUUCACUGUUGCAUUAACCCUAUUUUGUAUACUUUGGUUGGUAACAAGUUUAGAAGGCAUUUAAUGCAUGUGUUUGAAAAUUUGUUCUGUUGCCAAGGAAAUUAUAGAAAAGGUAGUAUAACAAAUGAUAAAGCAUAUGAUGACAGUCUUAACAUAUGUUUAGAAUAAAAUUAGCAUCCUUUUCUCUCAGAAUAUUCUCAUAUAAUGGCUUGCCAAUGUAUUUUCUAUAUUUAAACUCAGACUGAAAAAGGAACUCCGAAACUGAUGGUGAUGAAAAUGUAACUGAUUUAAAUUUAUUUCAAUCCUAAACAAAUCAAUAUGUUC